ACCACAUGUUUCAUUAUAAACAGUACUACUCAAAAUUGGAAGUAUUUUGGUUACGUUGUCAAAAUUUUAAGUUCUAUUUUUUCGUCCUGAAGCUUCUCUAAAUAGAUAUGGGUUGUUCAAUAACUCUUGGAAGUAGUAAGUCGGGGUGUGAGACUAUUUUAAUGAUUUAAUUGUUGAAGGGAUACAAGUUAUGAGUCGAAUAUAACCAGAGAAUAACAUAAUGUACUGGUAUAUGUAUAAUCAUCGUAAUCAGUUGAACAUCAGAGCCUUAGAGUUAUGGUUUAUUUUCUUGAUCACCAGCUGCGGUCGAUUUGUUUCAAGUGAUGAAGGCAAAAUCGUAGGUGGUAGAAUAGCGAAACGGGGCGAAUUCCCAGCUACAUUGUUUGUCGAGGGUCCCGGUAGGUGCGGAGGUACACUUGUGACUUUGAGCACAUUCCUAUCGGCGGGUGGAUGUUUUGUCAUUGACGGCAAGCGCGUGGAAGCCAAGAGCAUCACGGUGAUCGGAGGCGUCGUAAACAUUAAAGAGAAGUCAACCGAUAAGCAGGAGUCACGCGUUAAAGAAUACAAAGUUCACGAAAAAUACAAAAAAUUGGUAGCAGGUGCGUCCUCUUACACCAUUUUCGACAUCGCGUUGGCGACUUUGGAAACCCCGUUCAUCUCGACGGAAACGCUCAAGCCAGCUGUGUUCCCGGCAGCGGAUUCAGCCGGUAUGAAGAAAAUCCUGGAUAAAGUCAAUUCGGAGAAGACAACCUGCAUCGGGACGGGGUACGGUGCCGUCAAUUUAGACCGUGAGGAAAGAGUCUUCUCCGACGAUCUGAAAGUAGCCGAACUGACCCUGGUGCCUGUUUCCGACUGCAGGGUGUUGAAAAUAAUGAUCGGAAACGAAAUUUGCGCCACUUCCCUAAAAGACAACGAUCAAACGGCCCCAGGUGAUACCGGGUCGACGUUCAUGUGCGGCGGGUACAUUUUGGGCAUGGCCAAAGGAAGGAACAGAUAUACAAAAGACGGGAAAGAAAUAUGCUACUUAGUGUACACGUUGUUCGGACCUUACAUGGAAUAUUUCAGCCUCGGUGGGAACGAAGGGACACAAUACCAAUUGCAUCCAGCUACUUUUCUCUGCUGGUUCUUCUUGUUCUGCUGGCCGCAAAACUGACGCAUUCCUCUUAUGAGCACUUAUUACCAGCUGUUUAAAGAAAAAAUGCAUCCAUAUUUUAUA